GCUACUGUAAAAAUGAAAACAAGGUGUUCAGUGGUGGUGUAAACUGCAUGGCUGCAAAGCAAAAGCCAAAUAAAAGAAGUAAUAAAAUAUAUUGUAUGUAUUUGCAAUAAUAAUGAAAUGUGAAUGCAGUGCAAAAUGCAGGUAACAAGCAGAUAGCAAAAAGUGUUUGUUUGUGUGCGCGGUUUACAAUAAUAAAAAAAAUUGUGACGACGCGUCGUCGGUGCCCCCGUCUAACAGCCGCCAUUAAGAAUUUUACGCGUCGCGGUGCGGGACGCGUUGCUGCUGCAACAUACAAGCAAGCCAGCUAGCAAGAAGAAAACCGAAAAAGAGGAGUGGCGGGCAAGUCAAAAAGAGCUUGAUUUCUGGUCUGACCGCUGUGGAUCGAGAGAGGCAAUAACAACAAUAAUACUGCGAGCAACUACAGUGAUGUGUUAAGAAGAAUAAGAAGCUGCAUGCCACAACGGCCAGCGCAAGACAGCAGUCGACAGCAACAACAACAACAAACGAGAAUAUAAUGUAGCAAACAGCAACUACAUUAAUAACACCUACAACAGCAACAACAACAACAACAACAUCUUGAAAUACAAUUGCAGUCAAAAGUAGCAGCAGCAAUUGCAGCAGGAAACAGAAAUAAGUCACGUUAGACACACACUUUUAAGUCCAAUCCAAUAAGAAUUUGAUGAAUACAAUUUUAUUUCGAGACGGAGGCCACAAAGCGAGCAGUCAAAAUUCGUUCGUUAUACUCUAAAUGCAGCACGUGAGCGCUGCCAGUUCGGCACCUUCGGUGGUUUCGGCACCGGUGGUGACCACUGGCGGUGGCACCACCAUCACUUUGGGCCACAAAGCCAGCGAUCCACAGCAACAGCAGCAGCAGCAUCAACAACAUCAUCAUCUUGCUCAUCUUCAGCAGCAACAUCAGCAGCUUCAACAGCAGCAUCAUCAGAAUAAUAAUAAUAAUAGUAAAGUGGACGGAGGGAAUAAGCAACAACCGACAACAGCACACGGCGGCAUUGAAAUGUAUAAAGUGAACAUUGAGGAUAUAUCGCAAUUAUUUACGUAUCACGAGGUCUUUGGCAAAAUCCAUGGCGAUGUGGUGAAUCAUGUGGCGGCGGUGCAUGGCAGUCAGUUGCCACCGCCACAACUGCCACCGCCACCGCCACUGCCACCGCAAGCAACAGCAGCAUCCACGACGCAUUCAUCGGCUAGCGCAGCUGCAGCCGCAGCGGCGGUGUCCACAAAUAAUGCAACUGUCGCUGCUGUAAUGGCCUCGGCCAAUGCAGCAGCCGCAGCUGCAGCUGCCGCAUCAGCGGCAGCGUCAGCACAACAACAGCAGCAACAACAACAACAGCAGCAGCAACAACAGCAGCAACAGCAACAAGCUGUGACUAGCACAAAUGCUGGAACACAGCAGGGCAGUGCCACGGUGACGACAACUAGCUCAGGUAGCAACAAUAACAACAACAGCGGGAAUAACAGUGGGGGCAAUAAUAACACUAGUAACAGUAACAGUAACAACAAUAACAGUUCGACGACAACGACAACAACCGGUGAACUGCUGAUGCCGAAAAUGGAGGGCGGCAUCCAUGGCGUCGAUGGUCAAUCGAGCGUUGCCUUGGCCCCCGAUGGCACACCGAUUGCGACUGGGACGCAUGUGUGCGAUAUUUGUGGGAAAAUGUUUCAAUUUCGUUAUCAGCUGAUUGUGCACCGUCGCUACCACAGCGAGCGCAAGCCAUUUAUGUGUCAGGUGUGCGGUCAGGGCUUUACCACAUCGCAGGAUUUGACCCGUCAUGGUAAAAUUCAUAUUGGCGGUCCCAUGUUCACAUGCAUUGUGUGCUUCAAUGUGUUUGCCAACAAUACCAGUUUGGAGCGUCACAUGAAACGUCAUUCAACGGACAAACCAUUCGCCUGCACCAUUUGCCAAAAGACAUUUGCGCGCAAAGAGCAUCUGGACAAUCAUUUUCGUUCGCAUACGGGCGAAACGCCGUUCCGUUGCCAGUACUGCGCCAAGACGUUUACGCGCAAGGAGCACAUGGUCAACCAUGUGCGCAAACACACGGGUGAGACGCCACAUCGUUGCGAUAUUUGUAAGAAGUCCUUUACGCGCAAGGAACACUAUGUUAACCACUACAUGUGGCACACUGGUCAAACACCGCAUCAGUGCGAUGUCUGCGGCAAGAAAUAUACGCGCAAGGAGCACCUAGCCAACCAUAUGCGCUCCCACACCAACGAGACGCCGUUCCGUUGCGAAAUCUGCGGCAAGAGCUUUAGCCGCAAGGAGCACUUCACCAAUCACAUACUCUGGCAUACAGCAGGCGAGACGCCGCAUCGGUGCGACUUCUGCUCCAAGACGUUCACACGCAAGGAGAAUUUGAUAAAUCACGUGCGCCAGCACACGGGAGAAUCGCCGCAUCGCUGCUCCUACUGCAGCAAGACGUUUACGCGCAAGGAGCAUCUGGUGAAUCAUAUACGCCAGCACACGGGCGAGACGCCGCAUCGGUGCGACUUCUGCUCCAAGACGUUCACACGCAAGGAGCACUUGUUAAAUCACGUGCGACAGCACACGGGAGAGUCGCCGCAUCGCUGCUCCUACUGCAUGAAGACGUUCACGCGCAAGGAGCAUCUGGUGAAUCACAUACGCCAGCACACGGGUGAGACACCGUUCAAGUGCACGUACUGCACGAAAGCGUUCACACGCAAAGAUCACAUGGUUAAUCAUGUACGGCAACAUACAGGCGAAUCGCCGCACAAGUGCACCUAUUGCACGAAGACCUUCACAAGGAAGGAGCACCUAACGAAUCAUGUGCGCCAGCACACGGGCGAUUCGCCGCAUCGCUGCUCCUACUGCAAGAAGACCUUCACCCGGAAGGAGCAUCUGACGAAUCAUGUCCGCCUGCACACUGGAGACUCGCCCCACAAAUGCGAAUACUGUCAGAAGACCUUCACACGGAAGGAGCAUCUCAAUAAUCAUAUGCGCCAGCAUUCGAGCGACAAUCCCCAUUGCUGCAACGUGUGCAACAAGCCGUUCACACGCAAGGAGCAUCUGAUCAAUCAUAUGUCACGUUGCCACACCGGCGAUCGCCCCUUCACAUGCGAGACAUGCGGCAAAUCCUUCCCCCUCAAGGGCAAUCUCUUGUUCCAUCAGCGUAGCCACACCAAGGGACAGGAGUGCGAACGUCCGUUUGCCUGCGAAAAAUGCCCCAAGAAUUUCAUUUGCAAAGGUCAUCUGGUCUCGCAUAUGCGCUCGCAUUCGGGCGAGAAACCGCACGCGUGCACACUGUGCAGCAAGGCGUUCGUCGAGCGCGGCAAUUUGAAGCGGCACAUGAAGAUGAAUCACCCGGAUGCCAUGAUGCCGCCCCCACCCGUGCAUCCGCAUCCGCAAAUACCGGCUGGUGUGCUGACCCAAGUCAAGCAGGAAGUGAAACCGAUCAUAAUUCCGCAUCAUUCGGCGACGACCACAAUGCACACCAUACAGCAGAUAACAGCGGGCGCUGCAGCGGCUGGCGCCGGUGCCGUCCAGCUAACGCCAGGCCUGGUGCCGUUGGUCACCAGUACGCUCAUCUCCUCGCACAAUGCCCAGCAGACGCAGAAGCAACAGCAAGCAGCCGCUGCAGUUGCGGCACAGCAACAAGCAGCUGCUGCCGCUGCAGCACAACAACAACAGGCAGCGGCUGCAGCUGCAGCUCAGCAGCAGGCGGCAGCCGUGGCCCAUCAGCAGCAUCAGCAACAGGUUGCCGCCCAGCAGCAGCAACAACAGCAACAGGCUGCGGUGGCAGCCCAUCAGCAGCAGCAACAGCAGUUGCAGCAGCAGCAAUUGCUGCAGUUGUCCAUACAGCAGGCGGCGCAUCAUCAUCAACAGCAUCAGCAGCAGCAACAACAGCAGCAGCAGCAACACCAUCAGCAGCAGCAACAGGCACAUCCGCAGGCACCGCCACAGCAGCAGCAACAGCAGCCGCCACCACAGGUGCCGAUCGCCUUGAUCAGCGAUCCAAGCGCCUUGGCACGCGCUGCCAUGCAGCUGCAACAUCUGCCCACGAAUGUGGAGCAACAUCCGGUGGUUUACUAACAGUAGCCCCUGCUGCAUGCGGCGGCCACAACAGCCACAGCAGCCGCGACGCAAUGGUGAAUGGCCUGAAUCUGUAAGAGGAGAAGCAGAGCAAAGGAUGAGGAGAGAAGGAGGCAACAACUACUCGAAGGAGCAACCACACAUCCCCCUAAAAAUAGAAGAAGCAGCUAGUUAGAUAUGCAUAGAAAGCAGCAAUUAUAUAUCCUAAACACAUAUAUGUUCAUGUAUCGAGAUGUCUAAGCUUUCUCUCACUCUCUCGCUGCCACAACGCUGCUGCACAGCUUGCAACGUGAUUUGUGUAACGUGCAAUACAAGGAAGCUAAACAUCUCAUAGUUAAACGCCCCCCCGCCUGCCACCCUUUGCGCUGUACUCCCUUAAAACGAUCUUUGUUAGGCGCUUAGCGUCUAUAAUUUACUAUAAUUAAUUGAUUUUCUCACACGUCCCUGUUACAUUUAUGAAAUGUAUGCGCAACACGUGGCGCCAUCAAAAAGUCUACUAGCUGUGCUAGUAGCUUUUGGCCAAGAGCAUGCAGCGUGGCAAACUCAGACUUUGAGAGAGAGAGAGAAGGCAAAAGAUGUAAGGAAAGUUGUUAGGACAACAUACAUACAUACAUAUGUGUAAAUUUAUGUACUUUUGUGCAUCAAAUGUGCAGCAGCUAGAACGUUUUUUGCGAAAAUCACACUGAGAAAAUUUGUAUUAUUUUGUGCAUUUUGUUGUAAGGCAAAAACAAAGUAUGUAAACGAUUAAACUUAACUACAUACAAAACAUAAAACAUAAAAAAAAAAAAAACAAAAAAAAAAUGAAAACAGAAAAACAAACAAACACAUAUUAUGCUAAUAGCAGCGCCCCCAGUUAAUCAUACAAGUCCCGCGCCCUUUCCUACAGCCAAUCAAACAGAAUAUGAGAAAAUGAGAACGCAGAAACAACAAAAAAAAAACCCCAUUAAAUAUUUAAGUGCAAAACUUGUUGCUGAGGAAGCUGAAAGAGAGUAAAGAAGGCGGCGCAGGCGUAGGCUAAGUCAAGAACUAACGACAGCAGAAGAAGAAGAAUAGUAGAGAGAAAGAGAGAUGAAAUGCAAAAAGAAGAAGAAAAGAAUUAUAUUAUAUUAUGAUUACGAUAUUUAAUGUUAGUUGAACUACUAAAAACAAAACUGAUUAAGAUUGAGAUGAUAAUGCGAGGAGGAUAAUCGAGGAGACAGAUGAGAACGAAAGUGGAAUUAAGUAUUUAGUUUUACGUAAAUAUACGACAACCAGAUAAACAAUGUGCGUGUGUGUGUAGAGACACGAUUAUAAUUACGAUUAUAAUUAUUCACAUAAAUAGAUGAGAAGAAGAAAAACACAAUUAGGAACCCAGACGGAACGAAGUUGAAAUAUGAAGCACAAGAUGGAGAAAUUGAGAAGUUAUAACCCCCAAUCUAACACUCAUACACACACACACACACAUAUACACACACUAUUAAAGUUAACAACAAUUACAAAAACUAGGCACAACUCUACAAUUAUAAUUAAUAAUAACAAUUACUGUGCUUAUGUUGAAAACAAAAACAACAAAAGAUGAUAAAACAAAA